AUGAGGAGGGGCUCCAAACCCAGCCCAGGCUGCUCUGAAGAAGAAAGACCCCCCCCCCUGAGCCAGGACGGUGGACAGACCUUCAGCCAGAGUUCUGAGCUGGUGGCCCGUGAGCAGCUUCAUGAUGGGGAGAAGCCCUACAAGUGCUUGCAGUGUGGGAAGAGCUUCAGACGGAGCAGCACCCUGCUCUGCCACCAGAUGAUCCACACUGGGGAAUGGCCCUACAGGUGUGGGGAGUGUGGGAAGGGCUUCAGCUACAGAUCCAACCUUGUGACCCACCAGCGCAUCCACACUGGGGAGAGGCCCUACGAGUGUGGGGAGUGUGGGAAGGGCUUCAGCUGCAGCUCCGCCCUCGUCACCCACCAACACAUCCACACUGGAGAGAGGCCCGACGAGUGUCCAGAGUGCCAGAAGAGCUUUCGGACAAGCUCCGAUCUCCUUAGGCACCAGCAGAUUCACUAAGAGGAGAGGCCCUUCUGCUGCCCUGACUGUGGGAAGGGCUUCAAGCACAAGUCCCACCUCAUCAUCCACCAGCGCAUCCACACUGGGAAGAGGCCCUACCAGUGCCCCACAUGUGGGAAGAGGUUUCAGACCAGCUCAAAUCUCCGUCUGCAUGAGCGGAUUCACACAGAGGAGAGGCCCUUCCACUGCCCUGACUGUGGGAAGGGCUUCAAGGCCAACUUCACCCUCAUCACCCACUGGCGCAUCCACACUGGGGAAUGGCCCUUCGAGUGUCCCCAGUGUGGGAAGAGCUUCACCCAGAGCUCUGCCUUGACCAGACAUCAACGGAUUCAUGGUGGGGAGAAGCCCCACAAGUGCUUGGAGUGUGGGAAGAGCUUCAGGCAGAGCAGCACCCUGAUCCAGAACCAGAUGAUCCACAUUGGGGAAUGGCCCUACGAGUGUGGGGAAUGUGGGAAGGGCUUCAGCAACAGCUCCACCCUCAUCCGGCACCAAUGCAUCCACACUGGGGAGAGGCCCUAUGAAUGUCCCAAGUGUCAGAAGAGGUUUUGCAGAAGCUCCAAUCUCAUCCAGCACCAGCGGAUGCACACCGAGGAGAGGCCCUUCCGCUGCCCUGAGUGCGGGUUGGGCUUCAAGCACAACUCGCACAACUCCAACCUCGUCACCCACCAACGCAUCCACACUGGGGAGAGGCACUUCGAGUGUCCCCAGUGUGGGAAGAGCUUCACCCAGAGCUCUGCUUUGACCAAUCACCAAUGA